AUGACUCGUCACACGGAUAUAUUCCCCGUGGAAUUGAUCCAAGAAGCCUACUACGCAUGCGGUCCCCUCCCACCGACUGGGAAAAUGCAUUCAUAUGCCAUUUUCCAUCAUGAGAUAGAUGGCAACCCACCAAGGACCAUAUCCAACUCGAUCGACGUGGGUUACAGCCCAGUCAACGUGGCUAACGUCCGAGCGAUGGAUAUUUUCGUCCGUGACUGGCCUCUUUUCACGCAGAGAGACUUUUACAAGAAAGCUCCUGGUGAUCCUCAUGAGAACAGACUGGUCUCGUGGCAUCUGACUGAGGAUAGUGAGUUGCAUCUGGAAAUCUAUGACCACAACGGAGCCCUUUGGCAUGUGCUAUAUGUGGAACUAUGGUCUACUUUCGACAGGCCCAUCGAAUCAUUCCUACCCGUUGAUAUUCCCAUUUAA